AGGAGUGAUCUCACCUCCUCUCCACCCCUUCUAUCUAUCGUUGCUUGCCAGCCUAAAAAGAUCGUAUCCGUGAGCGGUGUAUAAGACGACGAAGCACACACUCAGAGUUCACGGUGGAUUUUCCCCCGACCAGGACCACUACUGAGCGACAGAGCCGACCAUGGAAGAACUUACGGCAUUCGUGUCGAAAUCUUUCGAUCAGAAAAGCAAGGAGAGCAGCAAAGAGAGUAUCACAUACAGGGAAGUUUUGGAAAGCGGCUUGACGAGGGCAAGGGAGCUGGGCAGCCCGGAGACAAACCUGCAGGACAUAACGGACAGCAACCACUGCCCGGUGCAUCUCUUCAAGGACCAUGUCGAGUUGGAGAAGGAGAAACUGAAGGACUUUAAUGUUUCAAGGGCGACAGAGGGGAUAUAUGAAUGCAAAGACAAAAAAGAGGAUGUGAAGUCGGAGGACGAGGACGCGCAAGGCAAACUGAAGCAGAGACGGAGUCGCACCAACUUCACACUGGAGCAGCUUAACGAGCUGGAGCGGCUUUUCGAUGAGACGCACUACCCGGACGCGUUCAUGAGAGAGGAGCUGAGCCAGAGGCUGGGACUGUCCGAGGCCAGAGUGCAGGUUUGGUUUCAGAACAGAAGAGCAAAAUGUCGAAAACAAGAAAACCAGAUGCACAAAGACAUCUUUCCCUUCUCCCCAGGUGUCAUUCUGGGUAGCGGAAGUCACCUUGACGCAUGCAGAGUAGCACCCUAUGUCAAUAUGGGCGCCCUCCGAAUGCCCUUCCAACAGGUCCAAGCACAACUCCAGCUGGACGGGGUCACCCACUCCCACCCUCACCUGCACCCUCACCUGGCUGCUCACGCUCCCUACCUGAUGUUCCCACCUCCUCCUUUUGGACUACCAAUCGCGUCUCUCGCCGACUCAGCCUCUGCAGCGGCAGCGGUGGCGGCAGCUGCCAAAAGCAACAGCAAGAACUCGAGCAUCGCCGACCUGCGACUCAAGGCAGGACUUCUGCGGGGCCAGUGGCUCAGUCCACUCCAGGCACAGAUCACAUCCCAAGGACCGUACAAACACAUGUGGAUGUCUGUCUGAGGGCCAGGCUGGGGCCCGUCAGACCUGAGGACGUUAGAACAAAGCAAACUGGCAGGCAGCAGCAGGGCCAAAAGCAGAGCCUCGCUGACGCUGACUGCCGCCAUGUUGACAAUGCAGAGGGUUGAGCCUGGGGGAAACAGACCCACACACCACCUCACCGAGGCAUUGGAACGGCUCUCACCUUCACACACCGUCCGCGCCCCACCCUUCACUCGAGAAAAAAAUGAAAACAUUUUUCUUUUUUUUCCUUUCUAUUUUAAAAAGGCCAUAUUUGUCUCCAACCACUGUGUUCCCUGCUGCUGCCAAGUGCAUGAGCUCUUAUGGAGGACCAAGCUGGGACUGGUCUCCAUCCACACCUGACAUAAUCGCUCAACAACCGUUUUUAACACUGCCAUUCUACAUGCCCACAACCCCUUCAAAGUCAAAGGUCUCUAUCAUGGUCUGAUAUCUUUCCUAUGGACUCGUCCUGUAACAAAAGCAACAAAUUCCCCCUUUUCUUUGAAAUGGAGGGCAGAGACUUUAUUGUGCGUUGCCGGGCAUGUGUCGGCGGGAUUUGGUUUGCAUUUCUCCUCGCAGCGUGCUCUCCCUCUCUCUCUCUGUCUUUAUUUCUUUCUUGUUGUGUUGUAUCUUGGGUAAAGAAGUGAAGAUAGCCUUUGCACUUCAGGUCUUGUAUGUGGGUGUUUACAAAUGGCACUACAAGCAGAUACUACUUUACUAAUUAAAAGGGGGUGGGGGGGGGAGUGGGAUUUGAUAUCGUCAUGUGAUCAGCAAAAAGGACAUUAUCUUGGAUUAAAGGGUAUAAAGGGGAUUUUUUUUCCUUUUCUUUUUUUGUAAUUCUGAAAAUAUGAAGAAAGCAUCAGUCAAACUGAAAUGCAACGGUGUGCAGUUUAAGUGCAAUACUGUAAAUAGCAAAACAAAAAAAAAAAAAAAAAAAAAAAAGAGAAAAAUUAAAAACAGAUAGCAGUUAAUCCUCAAUGAUUAAGAUCCAAUGACUUCUUUUAAGCUGUUUUUCAUGCAGUGUUGAAGAAUUGCAUUUCUUCAUUAACAGCAGCAUUUUUUUCUUUUUAAGAAAAGUCACUCAGAACUAGGUGCCAUAUCCCACAUAACCCACAUGUAUUCAAACAGGUUAUUACACAUGAGGCACAGCUAUCACCUGUUGAGGAAAACAUGAGCACAUUUUUGGAUAAAUGCAAAAUAAAGGUGAAUAAAAAUCAUCUUUUAACAGCUCUACUAACAUUACACACUGCAUUUGGUUUUAAAUUUUGGAAAAUAUUGAUAAUGAAAUCAACAAAUCAGCACUGCAGUCCAAACAUGGCUUCUUU